AUGUCCUCCGUCUACGUCCUCCUCAUCGACCCGUCUGCUCCCACAGCGACGGCGGCUCCUGUCGAUGCCGCCAAGCUCUGGCACACGACGCCAGCUGCGAACGCCUCCAAGCCCUCCAAGACAGGUACCACCCAUUUGUUCUUCGGCAACAACAUCACCGCUGUCUCCUCGUUCGGCGAUAAGUUUGCGCAGAAAAGGGGCGACGAGCGCAGGGAGGUCAUCCGCAAGACUGUAGGUUCUGCUAUCAAAAAGGUCCGCGAGCUUGGCGACAGCGUAGAGGGCAGCAAGGUCUUCGUCGACGCGUCAGCGGACCCUCAUGCCGCAGCUGUCGCUGCCCACCUCGCGCUCUACAGCUUCACCCUCAAGACCAACACCCCCUCCAAGUUCGACCCCCGCCUUACCGAGCCCAUCCCUGACAAGCUCACCCUCGCGCCCCUGGCCGAAAAUGGCGAGUGGGAGACUGGCGUCAUCUACGCUCAGGCGCAGAACCUCGCGCGCACGCUCAUGGAGCUCCCUGCGAACAUCAUGACACCUACGGCAUUCACCGAACGCGUCAAGGCCGAGGCUGCUGGCAUCCCAAACCUCGACGUCAUCGUACGCGACACGGAAUGGGCCGCGCAGAAGGGCAUGCGAACGUUCCUCUCUGUCGCGAAGGGUUCACAGGAGCCAGCAAAGUUCCUCGAGAUCCACUAUAAGGGCGGUGCGAAAGAUGCGGCCCCGCUUGUGCUCGUCGGCAAGGGCAUCACCUUCGACUCCGGAGGAAUUUCCCUUAAGCCGGCUGCUGACAUGAAGCUCAUGCGUGGAGAUAUGGGUGGCGCCGCGACGGUCUCCGCGACCGUGCUCGCUCUUGCUAAGCUCAAGGUCCCGAUCAACGUCGUGGUCCUCACUCCACUCACCGAAAAUUUGCCCGGACCGACGGCGAACAAGCCGGGUGACACCGUCUACGCGAUGAAUGGGAAGUCCAUUGAGAUUGACAACACCGACGCAGAGGGUCGUCUUGUCCUCUCUGAUGCAAUUUACUACGGCUCAACAGAGUUCAAGCCACACACCCUCAUCGAUGUCGCGACUCUUACAGGCUCCAUGGACUACGCUCUUGGCGAGGUCUACUCGGGCGUAUUCACGAACUCGGAUUCGCUCUGGAACGAGCUCCAUACCGCGGGACUCCGCGAGCACGAUCGCUUCUGGCGGAUGCCCCUCGACGAGGAGUACGGCCCCCAGAUCUACAGUUCGAACGCUGACCUUUGCAACACCGGUGGCAAGCGCGCGGGAUGCUGCACCGCCGCAUUGUUCCUCAAAUCGUUCGUCGAGGGCGUCGAGCCCGCAGACGGCGCGGACGAGCCGGCACUCCGCUGGGCACAUAUUGAUAUCGCGGGAUCAAUGGAGGCGUCGAGCAGUGGGCCGUACCACGAGAAAAUCAUGACGGGUCGCCCGACACGUGCGCUGAUCGAGUUCGUGCGGGGGUUGGCGCAGCAAUGAACUUUGCAGGUGGCCAUGCAUUCUAGUCGAUCUCGGUUUGCAAUGCAUACAGAUUUGGGAAUCUAGGCCAUAGGUGGAACGACUGAUGCCUUCGGGGAUAUAUACGCGACAAAUCAAAUCCUCGUCGCGCAAUUCCGGGCACGAUAGCGACGACUGAAUGUGACCAGCCGUCUACUCCGGGACACCGGCAUCAUCGUGGCCGGUUUCUCUGACAGUGCAGACUCCACGGGAAGUCGGAGUGUAAGGCGUGUAAUGAUCGGUGACUGUCUGAUAUCAUAAGGAUAUUGGUCAGUUCAUACAUCGACAUCCAGGGAACAGAAAUAGGGAAACUCGAUAGAGGAACAUCUGCAAGGAGAUCACGGCGCGGAAGCAUUAGCUUGAAUCGUCGAUCGCUCAGGUCCAAUCGCGUGCCCAUGUCACAGGUCUUCGGUACAUGUCCCAAAACACAGUGGAUGAUAG